GCCUCCAUGGAGCAGCAGCGAGAGCUGGGCAGCUUCUCCUUGCCUCCGAGUCUGCGGGCCAAGCUGGUCGCGGCGGGCUUCCAGACGGCUCAGGAGGUGCUCGACGUCGGGCCCUGCGAGCUCAGCAAAGAAAUUGGGAUUUCAAAACAGGAGGCAUUAGAAAUUCUGCAAGUGAUCAAAGGAGACAGUCAUGGCAAUGAAAGGGGCUCAGGAAAUACCGUCAGAAAAUACACAGCGCUUGAACUCUUGGAAGAGGAGCAAGUUCAGGGUUUCAUAGUAACCUUCUGCUCUGCCUUAGAUGAUAUCCUGGGAGGAGGUGUGCCACUGAUGAAAGUCACAGAAAUCUGUGGAGCACCUGGUGUGGGCAAAACACAGUUAUGCAUGCAGUUGGCGGUGGAUGUGCAGUUUCCAGAGUGCUUUGGAGGGCUUGCUGGAGAAGCUGUUUUCAUAGACACUGAGGGGAGCUUUAUGGUAGACAGAGUCGUGGAUAUGGCCUCUGCCUGUGUUCAGCAUUGCCAUUUGAUUGCAGAAAUGCACCCUGAAGAAGGCCAUCAAGCAGCGCUGGAGACAUUUUCUCUGGAAAAUAUUCUCUCUCACAUCUAUUACUUUCGUUGCCAUGACUAUGUGGAGCUGCUGGCACAGGUCUACCUUCUCUCAGAUUUCCUCUCUGAGCAUGCAAAGGUCCGGCUGGUUGUGAUCGAUGGUGUUGCCUUUCCUUUCCGCCACGACUUUGAGGACCUCUCGCUGCGGACACGGCUCUUGAAUGGUCUAGCCCAGCAGCUGAUCACCAUCGCCAAUGAUCACACGUUGGCUGUAGUUUUGACUAACCAAAUGACAACAAGAAUUGGACAAAACUGCUCCUCUUUGGUUCCUGCCUUAGGAGACAGCUGGGGCCAUGCAGCCACCAUACGCGUAAUUCUGCAUUGGGAAAACAAGCAGAGGUUGGCUACACUGUACAAGUCACCAAGUCAAAAGGAGUCAACUGUACCAUAUUGUGUUACGGAACCUCUGUGGAAACCAAUUCGUUUCCAAGCAGAAUGAACUUAAUGAAAUAAGGAACUGAAGUCACGUGGAAGCAGAUAUAUCGCAAGAGCUCAGUUUUUGUCCAACAAAAGCCACCCCUCAACUGUACCCACACUGACUUCAGCCUCUUUUGUACCAGAAUCAAAGUGCCUUCAAGAUAACGGACAAUGAGGUAGCAAAGCCCUGAAAGGAUAGACUGGACUGCACCUCUUCAUAGUGAAGGGGAGGCUUGCCUUUUUGAAUGCUCUGGUUUAUUUUAACCAGAAUAGCAAUUAAAGAGGGAAGGGUAUGUUAUGUAUUGCUUGAGUAAAACAAAGACUCCUAAGGCCUACAAAGCUAUUGGUGUUUGGGUGCCGGCACGGCCAAUCAGAACUGUUGCCUUCUAGCCAAUUGCUGUGCUGAAAAAUAGAUACUUGUAUAUAGUUCAUGCAAACGAAGGAUUCUAGCUGCUUGCAUUGUAUUGGUUGUUGUACAAGUAGGUGUGGUUUCUACAAGUAUAAAUUGGUUCCUGUUGAGCCUGAGGCUUCA